AAAUAUUGCCUCUCGCGCAGGCGCCAAGUUUUGUAAACAUUGCCGCCCAACCCAAAAUGCACAACAGCAGACCCCAAAAAACGCCAAUGAACGCAAAUCGGCACAAGGACGUGCCAGUCAGCCAGGAAAAUCAAUAACAACACAGCCGCGAAGCGACAAGGCCGGAAGUGCAUUUUUUGCAUUACUGGGCGUUAAGUAACGUCACAGAGGAUGAAAAAUGAGUGUUUUUUAGAGGAAAGUGAUGAGUUGUUUGUGCCAAGACUUUUAAAGAAAACCCGGAAAAUGGUGGGCAAAGGGUCAAGUUUGGUAGUCGAUACCAGCACGGGCAGCAAGGAACGCCCUGUUUUUAUUCCGCCCCGGAAACGUCAACAAACCAAGUCGGAGGCCAAGAAGCAAAACUAUGUGGACCACAUCGUCAGUGUGCAGCAAAAUCGUCCCAAGCUGUCGCCGAAUCCGGGUCUCGAGGAGGAGCUCCGCAAGUCCAAGUUGAUUAUCAAAAACAAGCAACCGCUUCCACAGCUCCCUGGAGAGCUAGGAGUUCCCAGUGCCCAUGACACACUGGCCAGCACCCACUCGGCCAGUUCGACGCAGCACAGCCAGAAGUCGGGCCGAUCAAAUGGCAAUCUCAACGAGUUGCAGAACUUUGAGUCCAUAUCGCAGGGCACCAAAUCCACUUCACAACGGCACGAGAGCAGCACGGUGACGCCCAGCAGCUGUUGCUAUUCGGAGAGCAGUCUAGACGCCAAGUUGAGCAAGUCGCAGGACUGCCUGAGCAACCGGUCGUCCUCCAAGAAGCGGGUCAACAUCCGGACGACCGAUCUGCCCGGUCAGGGUCGCAAUCAGCGCACCUCGCCGGAGAUAACCAACUACGAGGACCUCGAGUCGGGGGAGACGAGUGUCCUGAACAACUAUGACCAGAGUCUGGAGCGGGGAUAUCAGGCUCGCAAAGAGGGCGGCAACUACCUGACCAUGACGGGCACCAUCAAGCGUGGCCGCAAGAAGGGCCAGUCCGUGGACCUCCAGAUCAACAUCAGCCGCGAGGAGCUGGAGCAGCUGAAUGCCCAUGCAAUGGCCAGCGAUUCCCAGAAGGGCGGCAACCUGUGCUGCACCUGCAGCUGUGGCACCGGCCUCCACAUUCUGCUCAUCUCGCUUUGCCUGCCGUUCGUCACCGUCAUCUCGGCGGUGUACUCCUUCUACAUUGGCACGCUCACCUGGUACAACAUGUUCAACUAUUAUUGCGAGGAGAGGACGUACCUGCACAAGAUCCUGGUGACACCGCUGCUGUUCGUGGCCUAUCCCCUUGCCAUUCUGCUGUGCACCUUUGGACUGGGCCUCUACUCGGGAGUGCGGCAACUGAGUCUGCAGUACAGCAGCUGGGUGAACGACAUCACGGACAUCGAGAAGGGAUUCUACGGCUGGCUUUGUGGAUUCCUGCGGAUGCCCGACUGCAGUCCCUACGAGGUGGUUAUCCUCACCGAUAUCUGUGUGGCGCCGCAGGACCCCCAGCGGCUGCACAUCAACAAGCCGCGCCAGGAACUUUCCAUGUAGGAUGGGGAUGGGAUGUCCAGGGCCCAAUUUCGUUUCGACCAUAAGUGUGAUAUAAAAAAAAACGUAAUUACAUUCGCAGUGAAGCAGCAGCAGAAGUAAGAUCGACACAUUAAGUUUCCUUUGGCCAAAUUUGUUCCUUUUACAUUGACAUAAUCGUAUGUCUGCAAUUGCAGCUUUAGAGAACGGAAAUACACUAUAUAGAUAUCGAAGACACAACAUAAUCCAAACCCUAGAGAGCCUAGCAUUAAGUUACUAAAGAUCUAACACUCGCACAGCGUCUAAAUACACAAGGAAAACUUCUUGGGAGUUCGGAGGCCCGAAACUAAUAUAACCUUGCAAAUGUCAGUUAACAAAUUGCUCAAUAAUUGUAGAAAAUUAAUUUUUUGUCUGAACACUACUUUGGGGUAAUUCCCAUUACGAACCAAACUAUGUAAUCUCGCAAUUUUAGAAGCAAUUUAUUUGCUAUCUCUGAGUUGACAAAUUGUUUACACCUUAUAAAGUUCCAUUCAUCAAAUUUAAUUGAUGACAUUUUGCAGGGUUAUUAUAUAAAAUAGUUAACUGUUGUAGUUGGGCACUAGCCUGCAACUUGAAACUUUGCUUUCCUUUCUAACUCAAAGCCAAAUUUUGAAACCGUAUAUGAAACAUAUAGCAUUUACAGAUUAUGCAUUUAUCUUCAAAGUGAACUAAAACCAAAUAAAGCAGCCAACUUAAUGCGGCAGUUGACGUGAUGGAAACUUUUUUCUUAGUUUUAAGCAAACAUUUUUUAUUUUCUACGUCAAUAAAAACCGCAGCAAAGCACACCUACGUAUAUACACAUACCUAUAUAAGCCAAACGUUUUUAAAAAUAGAAAUUCUAUAUGUUAAGAACCCGAAUAUCAAACACUUAUUGAAAUGAAUAUAUUAGCCAGAGAAAUAAAGCCAAUAAAACUAUAUAGCAAACAAAACAAACCUGAUAUUCUUAUUGCGUUCUCAAAUGCGAACUGCUACCUAUUAUUUAAUUUGCAUAAAUAUUUCUUUUUCAAUUAACUUGAGCAGCGCAAACUUAUAAAUCAAGUGAUAACGUAACGGUUUUGGGCACAUGUAUGUGUACACUUGUAAAA